CUAUCGUAACUUAUUCUCUCUCUAAAUCUUCUAGCGUAAGUUUCUCAAAUGCAAACUGUAACCCUAAUUUCACCAUUUCCGUUACAUUGACUUAUCAUCCUCUUCGAUCCGUAAACCCUAAUUGAUAUAAUUGUCACAAAACUUGAAAUUAUACCCAUAUAUGACUACCCAAUACACUCCCUGAAGAUACAUUAUCCAUUAUCACUUUACUUCAAAUGGAUUCUCAGAUAAACAAUCUAUUCGAAACGGUUUCGCAGCCGGACACCACCAGCGAUGCGUACAAUUUCCUCGAAUUCAAUACGCAAGGGGAGGAUUUUGAUUAUCCCGAAUUUCAACAACUUUCUCAACCAAUUCAUUCGUUAGCGUGGCCAACGCCUUCUGAUUCAGCUGAUCGAGCGGAAAGAGCUUCAUUGGAUCACCAUUCUGAUGCUUCUCCUGUUUCUACUGCGUCCGGGGGUGGCGUUAAGGGGAGGGGUGGUGGUAACAUUAGUAGUAAUCAGGCAGCUGUUGAUGGGUUAGCUGCUGGAAUGAGUGGGUUGAACUUUGAAGAGACGGGAGAUGAUGAUAAUUUUGAGUACGGAAAAGGGGAUUUUGCUGAGCAUGCUUGUAAAUAUUGCGGUGUAACUAACCCGGCUUGCGUUGUGAGGUGCAAUGUUCCAUCUUGUCGAAAGUGGUUCUGUAAUUCACGUGGGAAUACUUCUGGUUCACAUAUUGUUAAUCACCUGGUUAGAGCUAAACAUAAAGAAGUUUGCCUCCACAAAGACAGUCCUUUGGGAGAAACAAUCCUUGAGUGUUACAAUUGUGGAUGCAGAAAUGUUUUCCUUUUGGGAUUUAUCUCUGCAAAGACGGAUAGUGUUGUGGUUCUUCUAUGCAGGGAACCUUGUCUUAAUGUUAAUGCCUUGAAGGACAUGAACUGGGACCUGAGUCAGUGGUGUCCCCUUAUUGAUGAUAGGUGUUUCCUACAGUGGCUUGUUAAGGUGCCAUCCGAACAGGAACAGUUGAGAGCUCGUCAAAUCAGCGCACAACAAAUAAAUAAAAUUGAAGAACUGUGGAAGACAAAUCCUGAUGCAACCUUAGAAGACCUUGAGAAGCCUGGGAUUGAUGACGAACCUCAUCCAGUUGUAUUGAAGUAUGAAGAUGCAUACCAGUAUCAAAAUGUUUUUGCGCCACUUAUCAAACUUGAAGCUGACUAUGACAAGGUGAUGAAAGAGUCUCAAAGCAAAGACAAUUUGACUGUGCGUUGGGAUAUUGGUCUCAACAAGAAGCGGAUUGCAUAUUUUAUGUUCCCAAAGGAGGACAAUGAAUUGCGACUUGUUCCUGGCGAUGAGCUGCGUUUGCGAUACUCUGGAGAUGCAGCUCACUCUGCUUGGCAGUCAGUGGGCCAUGUGAUAAAACUAACCACACAAGAGGAAGUUGCUCUAGAGCUUCGUGCAUGUCAGGGAGUUCCCAUUGAUAUAAACCAUGGAUUUAGUGUUGACUUUGUAUGGAAGAGCACAAGCUUUGAUAGGAUGCAGGGAGCAAUGAAAACAUUUGCGGUGGAUGAAACAAGUGUUAGUGGCUAUAUCUAUCAUCACCUGUUGGGCCAUGAAGUUGAGGUUCAGAUGAUCCGUAAUACUUUGCCCCGUCGUUUUGGAGCACCUGGCCUCCCAGAACUGAAUGCAUCUCAAGUUUUUGCUGUAAAAAGUGUACUUCAAAAGCCAAUAAGUUUAAUCCAAGGCCCUCCUGGUACUGGAAAAACUGUAACCUCUGCAGCUAUUGUGUAUCACAUGGCCAAACAAGGCCAGGGCCAGGUUUUGGUUUGUGCUCCAAGUAAUGUUGCUGUUGACCAACUUGCUGAAAAGAUAAGUGCCACUGGAUUGAAGGUUGUUAGACUUUGUGCAAAAUCAAGGGAAGCUGUCAGUUCUCCUGUUGAGCACUUAACCCUUCAUUAUCAGGUUCGGCAUCUUGAUACUUCUGAAAAGAGUGAACUUCACAAGCUACAACAGCUGAAGGAUGAGCAAGGAGAACUAUCCAGCAGCGAUGAGAAGAAAUAUAAAGCUCUUAAACGGGCCACAGAGAGAGAAAUAGCUCAAAGUGCCGAUGUUAUUUGCUGUACCUGUGUUGGUGCAGGAGAUCCUCGAUUGUGUAAUUUUAGAUUUCGCCAGGUACUUAUUGACGAGUCCACUCAAGCAACUGAACCUGAGUGUCUUAUUCCGAUGGUUCUUGGUGUAAAGCAGGUUGUUCUUGUUGGUGAUCAUUGCCAGCUUGGUCCUGUCAUAAUGUGCAAGAAAGCAGCUCGCGCAGGACUGGCACAGUCUCUUUUUGAACGUCUUGUGAUACUUGGUGUUAAACCUAUUAGAUUGCAAGUUCAAUAUCGAAUGCAUCCAGCCCUUUCCGAGUUCCCUUCUAAUAGCUUUUAUGAAGGUACACUUCAAAAUGGAGUAACCAUCAAUGAAAGACAAUCACCAGGCAUUGACUUUCCAUGGCCGGUGCCAAAUCGUCCAAUGUUCUUCUAUGUUCAGAUGGGACAGGAGGAAAUUAGUUCUAGUGGUACAUCCUAUCUCAAUAGGACUGAAGCUGCAAAUGUUGAAAAAAUUGUGACCACCUUCCUAAGGUGUGGUGUAAUGCCAAAUCAGAUCGGAGUUAUAACACCGUACGAGGGACAGCGAGCUUAUAUUGUAAACUAUAUGUCCAGAAAUGGUGCUCUUAGACAACAACUUUAUAAGGAAAUAGAGGUUGCAAGUGUAGAUUCUUUCCAAGGAAGGGAAAAAGAUUUUAUUAUUUUGUCCUGUGUGAGGAGUAAUGAACAUCAGGGGAUUGGUUUUCUUAAUGACCCUCGUAGGCUCAAUGUUGCGUUGACACGAGCACGCUAUGGUAUUGUGUUACUAGGAAAUCCUAAAGUCCUAAGCAAGCAGCCACUAUGGAAUAGUUUGCUGACACACUUCAAGGAGCAUGAAUGUUUGGUUGAAGGACCUCUCAAUAAUUUGAAGCAGAGCAUGGUUCAAUUCCAGAAGCCCAAAAAGAUAUACAGUGAUCGGAGAUUUUUAUAUGGUGGUGGUGGACCAGGGAUUGUGCCAGAUACCUUUGCAACUGGUGUCUCAUCUAGUCAAAACUCUGACAGGAGAAAUGGCCGCCCCAGGGGAAAUAUGUCUCCAGUCCCGCCUAAUGGCACCCAAAAAGCUGGGGUCAAUCCUACAGGUUAUCCGAUGCCCAGAGUUCCUCUUCCACAGCCAUACGCUAUUCCUACUCGUGGAGCUGUUCAUGGACCUGUUGGGGCAGUUCCCAUUGUUCCUCAGUCUGGAAACCGUGGUUUUGUUGGAGCUGGCCGUGGCAAUACAAGUGCUCCCGUUGGACCGCAUCAACCCAUGGGAGGUCUUGGAUCCAAUUUCAAUUUUCCUCUGGAAAAUCAUAAUAGCCAGCCAUCUGUUGGUGGACCAUUGUCUCAGCCUGGAUUUAUUUCAAAUAUUCCAGUUCAAGGUCCAAGCCAAAAUUUCAGAGAUGGAUUUUCUAUGGGAGGCAUGUCUCAGGAUUUUCUUGGUGAUGAUUUCAAGAGCCAGGGAUCACAUGUUCCAUACAGUGUAACUGACUUCUCCACACAGGCUUCACAAGGUGGAUAUGCUACUGAUUAUGUGAACCAAGGAGGCCAAGGUGGAUUCCCUGGAAGCUUUCUUAACCAAAAUUCUCAAGGAGGAUAUUCUCGUUUUAGUGCAGGGCAUGACUUCAUGACUCAGGAUUACAUGAGCCAUGGAUCCCAAGGUGGUCUAUUGACGCAGGUUGGAUACAAUAAUAAUGAUCCUUCCGGCCAGGAUGACACUUCUUCACAAAACCACUUUGGUGGUGUGACUAAUGCAAACCAGCUUCAAUCCCAGGGUUUGAUGAAUCCCCUUUUCUCCCACCACCAGCAAUAUGGUCACUAGAAUCAGAAGCAGCAUCAUUUCAAUGAAUGGAGGAUGAAGUUGUUAUUGUUACGGUUCAGGGUGGAUGAAUGUUACAUUUGAUGCAUAGCCAGCCUCUGUUUGCACGACAAACUGGAGGCGAGAGAUCUUUGGUGGUUGUGAAAGGUGGAAACAACUAUUUGACAUUGGAGCAGACAAGGGCAGGAUCUGGUAUUACUUUUAUUAUUGAAAAAAGAGUAUUUUGAAACGAAUCGGGAGGGUGGUGCUUACGUGGCACGGUUUUGUGG